CUGUGUAGCCCCAGCAGUGCCACCUGUCAGUGUCCAUCAGUGCCAGCUGUGAGUGCUCAUCCAUGCCACCUGCCAGUGCCCAUCAGUGUCACAUUUCAGUGCCUACCAGUGCACAUCAAUGCCACAUAUCAGUGCCCAUCUGAGCUGCCUUUCAGUGUCACCCAUCAGUGCUGCCUGUCAGUUUCCAGUCACUGCUGCCUAUCAGUGUGCAUCAGUGCUGCCUAACAGUGCAAGUCAGUGCCACCUAACAGUGCCAGUCAGUGCCGCCUAUCAGUGCCAUAUAUGAGUGCUGCCUUUCAGUGCCCAUCAGUGAUGCCUGUCAAUGCUCAUCAGUGCCACCUAUCAGUGC